UUGUCCUCCAUGAUGGAUACAGAAAAGCCAUAAAGUGAGGUUAUGAAUGUUCCAACCUCAACUUUUUCACAUCCUUUUCUAAAAAUACUUGGUUGGUUAAUGAUUUAAUUGGUAAACUUCCAAUUAUGUAAAAAGACUGAAACAAGACAUACCAGCAAUGGCUGUAUUAGGUGCCCAAUUGGUCAUUACACUUGUGAUGAUAAGUGUUAUCCAAAAAUUAGGACCUCAUUUCUCAUUAGGAAAGUGGCUUUUAUGUUCCACAGGACUUAUUAGAUAUUUGUACCCAACAGAUUCAGAGCUGAAGCAAUUAGCUAAUAUAAAAAAAGAGAAACCGAAACCGAGAAAAAAUAGAUUACAGAGUAAUGGAAAACUGUACAGUGAUACCUUUCAUAUACCUCGAAACUUGGAUGUCCAGUUGGAAACUGCAAAGGUUACCCAUUUAGAUGUUAUACACUUACGAUAUUUCACAGAAUACCAAUGGCUUGUGGAUUUUGCUCUUUAUACUUUGAUUGUUUAUUCUAUCACAGAGGUUUACCAACACUGGUAUCCAUUAAAAAAUGAAAUCAAUUUGAGUAUGCUAUGGUGUGGAUUGGUGAUUAUUUUUUCCUUUAAAUUGUUGAUGUCCCUCACAGUACAGUAUUUUAAAGGAGAAGAAUCUGUUGGAGAAAGAUCAACAUGUAUUGUUAUGGGAUUCACUUAUUUACUUAUAUCAAUGAUUAUUUUAAUAGUGGAUGAGAAAAACUUGGAGCUUGGAUUAGAAAAUGCAUAUACAAGUUUCAAUGAAACUGCUUCUGCUUUUCUCAAUAGUCAAGGUUUGAGUUCUACGGGCCCAGCUUCAAAAAUUGUAUUGAAGUUUUUCCUCGCUCUUUGGUGUGGAAUAUUAGGAGCAAUUUUGACUUUUCCAGGUCUUAGAGUAGCAAAAAUGCAUUGGGACUUAUUGAGAUACUUCAGAGAAAGUAAAACUAUUCAGAUAUUAUUGAAUUUGAGUUUUGCUAUGCCUUUUCUUCUUGUUAUAUUAUGGAUAAAGCCCGUAGCAAGAGAUUAUCUGACUCUUCGAGUUUUCUCUGGUAGAGAAAAGCCAUUGCUGACAGAUGAAGCAUUCGAUACUCUUCGUAUCGUAGCAAUCACAAUGACAAUGUGCUUGAAGAUAAUACUUAUGCCUUGGUAUCUUCAAGCUUACUUAGACAUGGCGUAUCAUAGAACUGAAGAACAGAAAAAAGAAGCGGGUAGAAUAACAAAUAUUGACUUCCAAAAGAAGAUUAGCGCAGUUUUUUACUACUUAUGUGUGGUAACUGUACAAUAUAUAUCACCCAUCGUCAUGGUGCUCUUUUUUACUUUUAUGUAUAAAACUCUGGGCGAGUACAAAUGGUUAGGAAUUUUGGAUGAUGGUGAAUGUUCACUAACCGAGGCACCUCUUGACAAAAUAGGAUAUCCUUCAGACAGUACAAGUUCUUCAAGUGAUUCAGUUCCGGAUACUGCUUCGGAGGUUCAUUUGGCCAUUGAAAAUCUCAAAUCGGUGUUCACAGUUGACGUCUUCAGAGGAUUAUUUGGUUUUUCCACUUGGUGGUGCUGUUUUGUUUAUUUUGCAUCCACUUCAAUUGGAUUAGUUUAUCAAACUUAUUUCUCUGGAAUAUAAAAAUAUUAGGUACUAAUUAUUAUUUACUCUGAGAGUAAUAUUAUACUUUCAUAUGAAUUCAUUUUAUAGAAUUUGGCAAUGAAUUCAUAGAGCAUCUGCACUCUAACGAAUGAUUGAAAUCGUUGGUUGCUAUAGGGUAGACAAACUUUUACACACCGGUUCUAAUAAACGGUAUGUCUGCCCUACAAUAACCAAGGCAAUGAACAAUCUUGACAAUUUGUUAGAGAGCCAUCUAAUUUGGAUAACAGAAGUACAAGUCAUAUUGAUGAACAAAUAUAACAUGAGAUAUAUUCAGUCAUUCGAACUGUAUUUAUUAUAUAUAUAUAAGUUUCAAUCAUGCAUCUUUUAUAAUUUAUUUAGCUUCAUUAGACUGAUUAGUAGUCAUCCUUAAUUUUUGUGGAAUGUUAGCAUUUACUAGUGGAAUGUUGCUGAGGUGUUUAUAUAUAUUUUAAAAAUUUUCGAUUUUGUGACAUCCAAGUAAUAUGGAUAAUCGUUUCAGUUUUUCCAUUCCCAAUACAGUUUUCUAUUAUGAUAUUGUUAGAUCAUUCUAAGGUUCUCAGUUUUUGUCUAUCCCUUAUCUUUCACUUCUAUCUAUAUUCUAAUGGAAUUAGUUGAAUCUACUGGUACUGGUCAUCUCUUAUCUAGAAGCUUGAAAAAGGUCAUUAAGACGUGAAUAAUCUGACAAUAGCAAAAUAUCCUACCAUGGAAGAAAAAUAUGGAAUUUUUUAUUUUAUACUCUUGAAUAAAAAAUUUAAGAAUUCAAAUGCAUAUAUUCACAUUUUAUUCUUAUUCAUAUGUUUGUUUUGUCUCCCCAAAUGAAUGUUUAUCGAAUGUGUUUUUACAAUUUUUGUUAUGUUCAUUAAAAGAAUUGAAUUUGA